CUCUUCUCUCUCUCUCUAUAUCUCCUUCUUUCGUUUUCUCUCAAAAAAACCAUUUUCUCAUUCCUUCUUCCUUUUUUUCUCUCUAAUGGCGGAUCAGCUAACCGAUGAUCAGAUCUCUGAAUUCAAAGAGGCUUUCAGCCUAUUCGACAAGGAUGGAGAUGGUUGUAUCACUACCAAGGAGCUAGGAACAGUGAUGCGAUCAUUGGGCCAGAAUCCAACAGAAGCCGAGCUCCAAGACAUGAUAAACGAAGUCGACGCAGAUGGAAACGGAACAAUUGAUUUCCCUGAAUUCCUCAAUCUGAUGGCCAGAAAAAUGAAGGACACCGACUCCGAAGAGGAAUUGAAAGAAGCUUUCAGGGUUUUCGACAAGGAUCAGAAUGGUUUCAUUUCAGCAGCCGAGCUUCGUCAUGUCAUGACCAAUCUAGGUGAAAAACUCACUGACGAGGAAGUUGAUGAAAUGAUCCGCGAAGCUGAUGUAGAUGGCGAUGGACAAAUCAAUUACGAGGAGUUCGUCAAAAUCAUGAUGGCCAAGUGAGGAUCAAACUAAAAGAUUAUCUAUCUAAUUUCUGGUUAGGAUAAUACACAAAUCUGAUACUCUUAUUGUAUUUGACUUGUUUGUGUAUUGAUUAUUAUGUUUAUUUACUUUAGAAUUGGAUGAUUUGGUUGAUCAGUAUUUUGCUUUUGUUGAUGGUUUUCAAAUAUGUUACCUUAGAACUGGUUUUAAGACUAUUUGUAUUUUUAUAUGUUUUCUAUUAUUGCAUUUUGUGAUCCUUUUAGA